AUGCGUUUGCCGUACGUCGACCCAGCCGAUCCAAACGCCUUCAAAACCCCCGAAGAGAAGGCCAUUGUCUCUCGGGUCGAGGCGAGACGUGCCCCACGUCCAUUGCAACCGCUUGAUCUUACCCUGCUGCACUCCCCCGCAUUCGCAGAUGGCUGGAACAGUUUCCUCGGGGCCGUCAGGACGAGGACAUCCUUAAGUGAUGAUAUAAGGGAGAUUGCUAUAUGCAGAGUGGCUGUAUGUAACAAGGCUUGGUACGAGUGGGGGCAUCACGCACCGCUGGCCAAGGCGGGGGGUGUUAGUGAGGAGGGAAUGAAGAUAUUGGCGGAGGAAGAGCCGGCAAAGAAGAAAGGCGAGCCUGGAUUGACUGAGAAGCAGUGGGCGGUUAUCGAUUAUACCGAUGCCAUGACCAGGAACGUGGCCGUUGAGCAAGAAAUCUUUGAUGAGCUCAAAAAACACUUUUCUGACCAGGAGGUGGUGGAAGUUACGGGCACGGUCGCCGCGUAUAACUGCGUUAGUAGAUUCCUUGUAGCAUUGGAUGUUGGUGAAAGGAACGGUACGAAGCCGCCUGCGUAG